AUGGAUUGGGUAUUAAAGGGAAUGAACGCUCUAUACCCACAGGAAGGUUUAGAUUUGUUACUGAAUUUGACAUUGGUUGAUUCAGACUAUAGUUAUUGUUUCAAAGGAUUAAUAAUGUUCUUGGUAAUUGCAAUGAUUUCUACCUCCGUAUUGUCUAAUGAGUCUUCUCGUAUUCCAUUCUUAAACGGUGAUAAUUUUUCAAACUGGAAGGACAAAAUCCUUCUGACAUUAGGGUGCAUGGACCUCGGUCUGGCACUCCGAGUGGAUGAACCUCCUAAACCCAUGGACGAUAGUUCCACUACAGAAAAGAGUGCUUAUGAUAAGUGGGAGCAAUCUGAUCGCUUAAGCCUAAUGCUCAUAAAGUCACAUAUCAGCCAGAGCAUUAGGGGUUCAAUCCCACCAUCUGAUAAGGUCAAGAACUACAUGAGGGCUAUUGAAGAGCAAUUUGUUAGUUCUGACAAAGCAUUGACAAGCAACCUAAUGAACAAACUAUCAGGAAUGAAGCAUAACGAUUCUAGGAGUGUGCGCAACCACAUUAUGGAAAUGAGGGACAUUGCAGCUCGUCUUAAGUCCUUAGAGAUUGAGAUUUCUUAG